AUAUGUAAUAUCCCAAAAUUUUGUGAUAUUUAGCAUUAAGUUAGGGACUUAUUUGAGAAAGAAAUGCUGUUUUGGGGCCUAAUACCCGCGCCUGCUCUUCUUCUUUCUUCCCGUUGCAGCCACCCGAAGAAAAAAAAAAAAGAAACCCAGCCAGCCUUUGAGAAACCGGAAGCUUCCGGAUCUGCCUUGCUCUGCUCCUCACCGCCGGCUGCUCCUGCUUUGUGGGGGCGAAUUUCUCUGAUUUUGGAUUGCGUGAUUCUUCCCUGCACUUGCCGCCGGCUUCUCUCCCAACUGCAGCUCGGUUUUGCUUGCUAAAUUAUGGAAGCGAAAUCGAGGACGGGGAAACCACGGGAAGUGACGAGUUAGAAGGCUAGCCAUUUCGAGAUUGAUAUAGAUUUUAGAUAUAGAUCAUGAUCUUGUAAACUGGAUUUUAAUUGGAGAUUUUAUAAAUUCAUUAAAUGGAUUGUUAGUUACAAGAUAUUUGACUUUGAGAUUUUGGUGGUAUCAGAUUGUGAAUUGGAUAAGUUCCGAGCCUUAUGCAUUUGUGGGACCUUCUCACGAGUGCACAGCGUCUGUCGCGUC